AUGGCAAAUUCAAAGUACGAAUAUGUAAAGUCAUUCGAACAACCUGACCAUUUACUAAAAAAUGUUUAUAUAGUUGUUCGUAUUGACGGCAGAGGAUUCCACAAAUUUACAACAAAACACGACUACAACAAACCAAAUGAUGAUAGGGGCUUAGCAUUAAUGAAUAGAGCUGCAUUAGAAGUUUGUAAAGAAUUUCCAGAUAUUAUAAUAGCAUUUGGUGAAAGUGAUGAAUAUAGUUUUGUUUUUAAAAAAAAUUGUAAUUUAUUCGAAAGAAGGUCAAGUAAAAUAUCUUCUUCAAUUGUAUCUUAUUUUACUAGCCAAUUUGUAUAUAGAUGGAAAGAAUAUUUUGGUGAUCACGAAUUAAAAUAUCCACCCACUUUUGAUUCAAGAUGUGUUUUAUAUCCAACUGAUGAAAAUAUAAAGGAUUAUUUAAGUUGGAGACAAGCAGAUACACAUAUUAAUAAUUUAUACAAUACAUGCUACUGGGCAUUGGUUUUAAAAGGAAACAAAACAGCGGUAGAAGCAGAGGAAACUUUAAGAGGAACCUUUUCAGACGAAAAAAAUGAAAUGUUAUUUACCAAAUUCGAAAUCAACUAUAACAAUUUACCACAGAUUUAUAGAAAGGGCUCUGUAAUUUUUAGAAAAAUGCUUCAAGAAACAAAUGAAAGUGGUGUAACAAAAUCUAAAAAGAGAUUGGUGGUCGAACACAUUGACAUUAUUGGGGAAAAGUUUUGGAAAGAAAAUGAUAUUUUAAAAAAUUAA